AUGACUGACAAGUUAUUCAGACUUCAAUGCGGGUACCAGAACUACGACUGGGGUAAACUAGGCUCGUCGUCAGCAGUGGCCCAGUUUGCCAAAAGGUCCAACCCUUCCAUCACGAUAGACGAGUCCAAACCGUACGCCGAGUUGUGGAUGGGCACCCACCCAAGCGUGCCUUCGCAAGCCAUCAAAUACGAUGAAACGUUGCGUGACCUCGUCAGUGAGCACCCACGCGAGUUAUUGGGACAAGCCGUGAUUGACAAGUUUGGCUCAUCAAAGGAAUUGCCGUUUUUAUUCAAGGUGUUGAGCAUUGAAAAAGUGUUGAGUAUUCAAGCCCACCCAGACAAGAAACUCGGUGCGCAAUUGCACCAGCAGGACCCCAAGAAUUACCCCGACGACAAUCACAAGCCGGAGAUGGCCAUUGCUGUUACUGAUUUUGAAGGAUUUUGCGGGUUCAAGCCCGUGCACGAGAUUGCCAAGACGUUGGAAACGGUGGCAGAGUUGAGAGAUAUUGUCGGGGAAGAGUUGAGCCGCGAGUUUGUCGCGGGUAUAUAUCCAGCAGAGGCCAAGAGUGGAUCAAGCGAGGACCGAGCCAACCGCAAAUUGAUCCAAAAGGUGUUUAGCAAAUUGAUGAAUACAAGCGAAGACAAGAUACAAGCAUCCGCGGCAAGUUUAGUUCAGUCGAGUCACGACUCGCCGCAGAUCUUCACCGCGAUAGAUGCAAGAUUGCCGGAACUCAUCCAACGCAUGAAUGCGCAGUUCCCCAAAGAUAUCGGCUUGUUUUGCGGAUGUCUCUUGUUGAACCACGUCAAUUUGAAUAAAGGCGAAGCCAUGUUUUUGCAAGCCAAGGACCCGCACGCCUACAUCAGUGGUGAUAUAAUUGAGUGCAUGGCAGCUUCGGAUAACGUUGUUCGUGCCGGCUUCACGCCCAAAUUCAAAGACGUGCCCAACUUAGUCGAUAUGUUGACCUAUGCGAGUGAACCCGUUGAACAGCAAAAGAUGAAGCCUGCCAAAUUUGCCAAAUCUAGAGGCGAUGCCUUGGUCUCUAACUUGUUUGACCCUCCCAUCGAGGAGUUUUCCGUGCUGCAGACGGUGUUUGGCAAAAAUGGCGGUACUCAGCAUUUCGAUGCCAUCGACGGACCUUCGAUCAUCAUUGCCACUAGCGGAUCGGGCUCUAUCCAGGUUGUUGGCGACGCUGCGGGCGCUGAUGAAACAAAGCAGGAAGUCAAGACUGGAUACGUUUAUUUCGUUGCUCCAUAUACUGCUAUUGACUUGGUUGCCGACGAUGCGGACUCGCUGGAGAGCGAACCAUUGACUACCUAUAGAGCUUUCGUCGAAGUAUAG